GCCCCUCCUAAAAAUAUUCCUCCAGAACUCCAACGAACCCUCCAGAAAAGCUUACCAGCCGCCGCCGACCAGUAUAAAAUCCACGAACGAAAAACUCCAAAACCGUAAAAAGAAAACGAAUUCAGAGAGAUUUUGGGAAAUUUUGGAGAAGAAUGUUCUUCUUCUUCGCCGGAGGAGUCCAGCAGCAGGUGCGGGAGGUACUGAAAUCCGGCGCGGGCAGGUGCAUAGCGUGCAGGUCGCCGGCGGAUCUGGUGGAGUACGAGAAGGUUCUGAAGCUCUUCUUCGUCCCCGUGUGGCGUUGGCCGGGGAAAGAGCCUGUCAUGCACUGCAACAAUUGCAACCUCUUCUUUCCUGAGUCCUACUCUCUCCCGCCUCCGAAGACCACCGUGGACUCUGCGGCGGUCUCGGAGGCUCUGCGGUGCCGAUUUUGCGAUCGGGUUGUGGAGCCCGAGUUCAGCUUCUGCCCCUUCUGUGGCGCUGCACAGUGAAAUGAAUCGGAAAUUUGCGUUUUAGGGUUUUGAUGUGGUCACUGAAGACUGUAUCUUUGUAAAUUGAAAUCAAUGCAAAUUUUAUAUUUUAUCAAGUUGCUUGGUUGCCAAGAAAAUGUAGCAGAAAAAGCAGAAAUUGGAAUCAAUUUUUGUGGGGUGGAUUGCAAUUUGGGGUUUAGGGUUUUUGAGUGCUCUGUACUCGGGUAUUUCUGUAAUUUGAAGUAAAAUGUAAUUUGAUGUUGCAAAAAAUUGGGUUUGGUUCUUUUUUGGCAUA